AUGUCAUCAUCAUCAUUAUCAACUGCACAAGUAAUUCUUACUGUUUCUCAAUAUUAUACAAUCUGUAUUAGUUUUAUUAUUUUAUUUUCUGGUAUUUUUGGGCAUAUGACUAUUAUCUUCGUAUUAACACAUCUAAAAAUUUUCCGCAACAAUCCAUCUGCUUUUUAUCUCAUUGCAGAAUCGGUUGUUGAUUUACUUCAAAUAAUAAUUAUAUUAACAUCUCGUAUUGCAAUGAAUGGUUUUGCUAAUGAUCUAACACAGGCAUCAUCACUUUGGUGUGAAUUAAGAGCCUUAUUUGUACAAUCUUUGACUCUUAUUUCAGUCAAUAUUGUUUGUUUUGCUGCUAUUGAUCAAUAUUUAUCAACAAGUUAUUAUCCAUUUUUAAGACAAAAAAGUACAAUAAAAUUAGCUAAAAUUCUUACUAUUAUUGCAAUUAUAAUUUGGAUUUUGCAUGGUACACCAGUGUUCUUCUUCUUUAAAAUUCAAUCAACAUAUGGAUGUUAUGUAUAUAAUCUCAAUUUUCUAAAUUAUGUUACAUAUUUUUAUUAUCUCAUACUCACUGGUAUUUUACCAAUCAUUAUUUCAACAUUUUUCAGUGUAUUAGCUUAUCAAAAUGUUCGUCGUAUUGUACGACGUCACAUGCCAAUACGUCGACGAAAACUUGAUCAACAAUUGACAGCAAUGAUUCUUGUUCGGAUUGUUUUUUUUGUCGUUAUGAUAUUACCGUAUAUUUUACAACGUAUUUUUACACUUGGUAUAUUCAUAAAAAAUGACAAUGUGAUUUAUCAAGCCAUUAUACAACUUAUCGGAGCUAUUAUUAUUUCAUUUUUUCAUCUUAAUUAUACAGUAUGUUAA